AUGCAAAUGUAGUAUUGGAUGGACCAACCUCUUUUCUUCUUUCCCAUKUCAAAUAAGCCUAUAACAAAACUGUAGAACUCCAUAAAUUAUCUUGCUGGGCGAGUUAACGCAGGUGGAUAAUGUUUUUGCUGGGUACACUGGAUUUUGUCACAAUGUAUAGCUAUUGAACAUUCCUAGAACAAGAUGGCGUCUGGUGAGGACAAUGUUUCUUCGAAGAGUAUAUUCAUUGGGUCUGCACUGGCAAUAGGUGGAAAUCUUCUCAUCAGUAUAUCAAUGAAUAUUCAGAAAUAUUCUCACAUACAACAAUCAAAAGCUGAAGAAGAAGUCCAUUAUUUGAAGAGCAAAACCUGGUGGGUUGGAUUAGUUCUAAUGGUCCUUGGUGAAAUUGGAAAUUUUUCUGCUUAUGGUUUUGCUCCAGCAUCUCUGGUUGCACCCCUUGGAACAACAACUGUUAUUGCUAAUGCAAUCAUAGCUGUGGUAUUUCUAAAAGAAAAAGUAAGAUAUCAAGAUGCUUUUGGUGUUUUAUUGGCCAUUGUUGGAGCCUUUCUAUUGAUAACUUUCUCAACCAAGGAAUUUGCAGAACUUACUGGCUCAGAGCUGGCAUUCUACAUGAAACAGUGGCCUUUUCUUGUAUAUUUGGUGAUAGAAGUAGUGAUCUUCUGUGUUCUACUCUAUGUACAAAUGAAGUAUAAUGUGGAAAAUGUGGUUGUAUUCCUAAUGCUGGUAGCUCUUUUAGGGUCAUUGACAGUUAUCUCAGCAAAGGCAGUGUCUUCCAUGUUAAAUAUCACAUUUGGAGGUGACAGCCAACUUGGACAUCCCUUACUUUAUGUUAUGUUGAUUGUUAUGGUAGCAACAGCAGUUGCACAAGUCAAAUUUCUAAACAAAGCAAUGAAGUCGUUUGAAGCUACUGUUGUGGUCCCUACCAACUUUGUACUUUUCACAAUAAGUGCAAUCAUAAGUGGUAUUGUAUUAUAUCGAGAAUUUUAUGGGUUAACCUUUCUAGAAAUUUUUAUGUUUUUGUUUGGGUGUGUUCUGUCUUUUGUUGGAGUAUACUUCAUCACAUCAAACCGCAAGGUAGAGAAUUCAGAGGAGCAACUGUUACUUACAAAUGCUGAUCUUUUUCCAGGGUUUCUAUCGCUAUCAUCCUCCAAGCUAAUAGCUGUACAACCUGGUAAUGCACUUUCAUCUAAUUCUGCCGAGUAUCCAAUGCUCAUGGCUAAAUCAAACCAAGACCCUGCUCUUAAUGAUGAAUCAGAACCAAUAGUUACGGACAGAUAACUUAUUGUGAACCAUGUAAUUAAUAGAUUCUUGCUCAGAAUUACUGGAACUUAUCUUAUUUUGGGAUUUAUUGGACAGUUUUACUGCAAUUGUUGUCACGAUGACAAAGUUAUGACCCAUAUGAGGAUAAAUAGUUUCGUUCUAAAUUAGACACAGAUAUUUAUUUUUAAAUAUUAAGGGCACAUAUACAUAAAUUAGAUAGUCAAACAAUAAUAGGGAGCUUACAGUGCAGUAAUGUUAGUUAAUUGGUUGAAAUAUGCCCUCUAAUUGCUGAUAUUUGACUCUCUGUGGGAAUGGGCUGCACAACCCCAGCAGGUUUUGUCAAGUUCCCAAAAGAGAACUUCAGGGCAUUCAAAAUGCCAAAUAAACAAAAAUAAACUGUUAAUACAAUGACUUUACAUUAGCGUUUUUAACAUGCAAAGGAGUUUUCCGAGUAUUUAACAUAAUAUGCAAAUUAGUUGUCUCCUUAGAUAAGGUGUUACCCUGCUAACCAAGGCCUUUGCAUGGUGGCAGUUCGACUGUUACAUAAAUUUAGGGUCAGGGUUAGAGAAAAUGAUUGUUUUUUUGAAAGAAACUCAUUCGCAUGUUCAAAAUGGUUCUAUGAAAUUGUUCUAAUGUUACAGUUAAUUGUGCAUUCUUCACACUAUCUGACAUGUAUUAGAAUUAUUUAAGAUGGAAAACAUUAAAUAUUUCUUGGUAUUAUAGACA